AUGCUUGAAAGACGAGACAAAAAAGACGGACUGGCUUUAGCAACCACAAUGUCUUUCAAUUACGACAGGCAGGCUAAGAUAGCUCAUGUAUCAUUAUUGUUCAGGAAUCAUCUGCGAGAUAUCCACAUGUAUCGCAGUAUGAUCCAAGUCAUCCAAAAGAGAGUAUUUGAACAUGAUCAGUUUUUAGAAAUUCCCAAAAAGUACGAUCGACUCGAUUCUGUACUGUACGCAGCUGUGCUUGUACAUGGUCACAACGACGUGCUUUGUCUUCGUACGACCAUGUGGUCAUCGAGUGUAUUGAAUUCUUAG